AUGGUCAAUUUUCGGAAACUGACAGCAGGCGCGCUUGCAACCACAAAGGCACUGUGGAAAGGCGGCAGCCCAUUUGCUGCUCUUACAGCGUUAUGGCCGACCAACGAGGAGGGCAAAUAUACCAUUGAGUCUGAGGGAAUCCGAAUUGACUUCACAACUCACGGUGCUGCCGUCACCAACCUUUGGCUAGCAGACAAGAAUGGCGACGAGAUUGAUAUUGUUCUGGGGCUUGAUCAUGCUGACAUGUACCUCGAGACCGACUCCAAUCCGUAUUUAAACGGCAUCAUUGGACGAUAUGCUGGCUACAUUAAUGGCGCCAGCUACGAGGCCGAUGGCAUUGUGCAUCAACUCCCUGCCAACGCCCAUAAUGGAUCCGACACAUUCAAUGGAGGCAAAAGGGGCUGGGGAAGAAUGGAUUGGGCUGUUCCGUCGAAGCUCCAGACAGACACUAUCACGUUCGUCAUGUUUGACAGGAGCGAGAAUGGCUUCCCUGGCUUGUUCGUUGGCUGUAUAACGCAUACCGUCACCCCUUAUGAGUGGCAUAUUGGAUAUGGUGUGACGCCCUUACUCAUGCCCGGUGGUCCUGUCAAUAUGGCACAGCAAGUCUUCUUCAAUCUCGAUGGGCUAAAGAAAACUGUCAACGGCACUAUCGGAUCCAUUAGUGAUCAUAAGUUGCAUCUGCCCAUGUCGGGAAUGCGGUUCGACUUCGAUAGCGAUGGCAUUCCCACAGGCAACAUUUUAAGCAACAGAAAAGGGGAAGAAUACGACUUUUGGUCAAGUCCUAAAACUAUGAAGGACGCGUUGAGUGGAGAUUCCGAGACGUCCGCUUCGGGCUACGACGAGACCUUCAUGAUUUCUCAUAAGUACGCGGACUAUAGCAGGAGAGAUAAGCCCGUGGCUGUCCUCUCGUCUGAGAACUCAGGCGUUACUAUGGAGGUAUACACCGACCAGGAUGCCAUUCGUGUUCAUACUUGGGAUGAUGAAAUCAAUGGCAAGUCAUACGUCUUUAAUGUCAUUUUCAUUCAUAUCUUGCUCAUCUCUAACAUCGUUGCAGGACAGUUAAGCCUGAAACGUACCCAGGGCAAUGGCACUGUUCCACAACAUGGUGCUGUUUCACUCCAGCAGACCGACUGGCCGGGCGCCGUAAAUCACCCGGAAUGGAUGAACAGAAAGAAUCUAUGGGGCAACCUAGACAUUUACACAGGCUACAUGGCGUACAAAUUCAAGGUAGAUGGGAAACAGAUUGCGGACAAAAGAGCACCAAUUGAGCUUCCUUUGUCAAUUGUUCAAGCUAUUCCAGACUUCCAUAAUCUUCUCCGUGACCCGAGCAACGUCGGCCUCACGGCUAGGCACUUCAUGUUUCCCCUGAAAAUCUAA